UUUUUUGAGGGGGAAGGAUUUGUAGGUUUGCAAAGCGGGUAGCUGUUAUUCAGUUUUUUUCGUCCUUUGCCCUGUUGAAAAGUCAGUGAGGUGUCAAUUUCCGGCUGCUGUAAAACCUAUAAAAGUCCAGCAUUUUUUUUUAUCUUACUGUGUCAAAGAUCAGAUAAGUGCUGUGUUUCUUAUCUGUUUGUGUCUGACUUUGUUCUGUAGUUUUUAGUAGUCAUGAUUUUAUCAUCAGUUUUACUUUAUUCCCGUUUUAUGCCCUACCUCCUCAUACUUCUCUUCUGUAUUGCCGUUAUCGGUGCCGGUGAAAAUGAAGAACAUGAAGAUGAUCCCCACUCCCAACAUUUGUACAACGCAGAGCUGUUCGCCCACGCUAUACAGACUUCACCUCAUUUCAUCAUGUUCUUCGCUCCUUGGUGUGGACACUGUCAAAGGCUGCAACCAACUUGGAAUGAACUGGGCAACAAAUACAACAGCAUUGAGAGCCCUCCAGCUUAUGUAGCUAAAGUUGACUGCACAAAAGAUAGAGAUUUGUGCUCUGAGCAUGGUGUACGAGGAUACCCUACUUUAAAAAUGUUCAUACCUGGCCAAGAAGCUGUAAAGUACCAGGGACCACGGGAUCUGAAGAGCUUGGAAGACUGGAUGUUGAAGACAUUGAAUGGGGAACCUGAUCAACCAGAGUCCGAGCUGGAACCGCCCAAAGUGCCUGAACCCAAGCAGGGCAUGUAUGAUCUUACAGCAGAUGACUUCAAUACCCAUGUUGCACAUGGUUAUCAUUUUAUCAAAUUCUUUGCACCUUGGUGUGGCCACUGUAAAGCUUUGGCUCCAACGUGGGAACAACUUGCUUCUGUAUUUGAACAUUCUGACACUGUAAAGAUAAGCAAGAUGGACUGUACACAGUAUUAUGAACUGUGUUCUGAAGUUGAAGUGCGUGGAUACCCUACUUUAUUGUGGUACAAAAAUGGAGAAAAGAUUGACCAGUACAGAGGGAAAAGAGAUCUUGACUCUUUAAAGGAAUAUAUAGACUCUCAGCUUAAGGCAGAUUCAGAAGAGACAAAACCUGAAAAGCUAGAGCCCACCAGGGAGCCUCAGAAGACAGAGCCAUCUGCUGAAGAAAAGUCUGAUGUGGUUAUUCUAAACGAAGAAAACUUUGAUGACGUUGUUGCAGAAGGUAUCACAUUUGUGAAGUUUUAUGCCCCUUGGUGUGGACACUGUAAGAAUCUGGCUCCUACUUGGGAUGAUCUUUCCAAGAAAGAAUUCCCUGGGCUAACAAAAGUCAAGAUAGCUAAAGUAGAUUGUACUGUUGAACGUUCGUUAUGUAAUAAAUAUUCUGUACGUGGUUAUCCUACAUUGCUGCUUUUCCGUGCUGGUGAGAAGACUGCUGAGCAUAAUGGUGUUAGAGACCUCGAGACACUCCACAACUUUGUGUUGCGCCAGACAAGAGAUGAGCUGUAAAGGGUUUCUCCUAUCCUGCUGCCUUUAUUGAACAUAAAUCAUUAUUGAAUCAAGCUCACAUUAGUGGGGCUAUUCUUAGUAACCAUAUCAGACUUCGUUUUGCUGACUUCAUGCAGUCUUGAUGUGGUAACAACACUGUUUUAAUUUAUGGUUAAAGGAAUCAACUGACACAUUUUAAGUGAACAUUUUGGCCACUGCAUUUAUAAUGACAGUAAAUGUAAAGAUUUUACCCUGUCCAAUAGAACCUUUAGAUAUAUGAAAUAGGUUAAUGUUGGCUUGCCAACUGCAAUUUCAGCAUGUGCUGUUACUCUGAAGAUAUGUAGCUGAAAAGCACUUUUAGGAACAAACACUUACUGGAGGGGUCUUAAAUGCCCUAUGUGUGUGGGGGGGGAUCUGCACCUCCAACUCGCGUAUACAUAUAUAUAUAUAUAUAUAUAUAUAUAUAUAUAUAUAUAUAUAUAUAUAUUACAUGAUUGAACAGCAGGGGAGAAAAGGACAGCCUUAAUGUUUGCUAAAAGUGGUUUUCAGCAGUAGUUAUUCACAGUAAUGAUAAUCAAGUAAUCAUUCAGUCAACUGGCUCCCAACUAAACCAGAGAAAGAAGAUAUCAAGACCACUGAAAUGUGUCUGCAGUUUUUUUACACUAUUCUAAUUGUGGCAGGAUAUUCCAAUUCCACCACUUUUUUCAAGAAGUGCCUGUUAAACUCCAAACUCAGUGUGCUCCUUCCACUGUAAAUUUUAUCACAGCAUUCUGCUUGUAUCCUUCAUACACAACUUGAUGCUCUGAGCUAAAGUACUGUAUCUGUCCAAUGUCCAGACUGUGUCCAUCCAACCCAACCACUCACUCCAUAUGUUGUAUAAUUUUAAGGUAACUUUCCUUAAACUUGAAUCCUCCAUAUCUCUCAACAGUUUUGCAGGUUUCAGAUUCAAUUACUUGUAAAACUUUCAGAAGGCUAAGCCCUAGAAGUAAUUAUAGCACUCCAUUAAACAUCUCACUCUUGUUUUAUACAGUGGCAUGAGCACUUGAAGAUUGAGUUCCAUAAUGCAAUAUACACCUGAUAUCUUUUUACCUUUUCCCAUCAACAUUGUGAGGAGGCCUUUAUAAUUUAGGCUGGAGAUAGUAACUCAGUUGCUAGUACUCUGUUUUCUGAUACUGGUCUUCAGUUUAUACUUUUUCCUAGAUCAUAUACCUGAAGUGCAUACACUAAACUUCAUCUGACAUGUAUAUGCAUAGAUGUGCAUGUUCUUUAAUUCUCCACCAGGGUAGCCUUCACCUAACAUACUCUUUUUACUUUAGUGUCGUAUGUAAAGGGUUAACUUUUCUGGUGGCAGACUGAGUUAUACUUAGGAUGGAUGCAUUUUUGGAAGGGUUCUGUGACCAGUACUCUGAUCUUUGUGGCACAGCUGCUGACUUUCCUCAUGCCUGUUGGUAUGACUCGCACACUGUACAUUGUACUUAUCCCAACUUUGACUGAUAGGUGGCCAUGUGUACUCUAAAGCUAAUCCCAGGGACAUUUAUUAGCACUUUAUAUGCUGGGGUAAGAGAUUAGAUCUGUGACUUUUUUUUUUUUUUUUUUUUUGUAUUUUGUUUGUUUUUUGUUUUUUUAGCAGCACACAAACUGAAUAGGUCAGUGUUCCUAUACAGUUGACUCCAUGUAUGUGUGUUUAGUCUUAUACUGCUUCCAGUGGGUCAGCUUUGCAGUGCAACAGCAACUGUUACCUGCAUACCAGUGACAUGUCUAGCUCAGGUUGGUUCAGACAAAUGUAAUGUGAGAAUUUUGUGUAGCACAAUUACAAACAUGGCUCGUAGACUUUAUAUUUCUGUGGCAUACAACUUGCUUUAGGUGCAUGCCUAAAGGCAGUUCUGCAGUUUUAGAGUAGGUACCAAGUUCAAGAUAAGCUUAGUUAGUCUAGUGUAGACGCCAUGACUUGUUUGUUCAUUAGUGUUGUGAAGGCCAGAGUACAUAAUGUAUAUUUGCUGUAUUCUUUACUACCUGAAGUCAGACAGACACUGCUUCCAUGCUACAGUAUCCCUGAAGCUUUAGGUUAUGAUUACACCACAGGAGAGACAUAGAGUAGUGAUGAAGCUACAGAAUAUUUCAUCAUGGGAAGAGUUGCUGCAUUGUAAGAGCAUAACUUAUUUCCGUGUCUUAACACACAGUGGCUCAGGCUUACAUUUGGAAGUUUCUGCUUGAAUAAAGGAGCACUUUCCAAGCUAUCAACAAUUAUAAAAGUGUUGAGGGAAAAAUUUUACCUAUGAACAAGAUAGCUUAACCAUUGAUACCAUGGUCAGGGGAUUGAUAUUUCUUUUUUAAGUAACAACACUUUCAGCUCUUAUUUUUCCUCCUGCCAUUUCAGUUUUAGCAUAUUAAUUGGUCAUUGCGUACACUUAAGUAUAUUCAAGAAAAUUGAGACAGUUUACUCUCCCUUUUUAUAAAAUGGAGGUGGACAUUGCUUUUGGUGUGAAAGUUUAGCCUACAUCAUUCAUUAAGUGGAUUGGCAUGAGCAGAGUACAGGGUUAGGGAUAAUAUCAGUCUUGGAACCCUAAACAUAAAAAUUAAACUCCAUAUCAAAAUGUUCCUUUUAUUCAAUCUUGUGCUACUCAGGGGUAUAAGAAUCACUUUUGACUGCUUAUUACUAUAUGUCAGUAUGUUGUAUUGACAUUAUUUUAUUUCCUCCUGGGUUUUAGAGUAUGUAUAUAUGGAGGAACACACAUGCAUGCACACACAUGUAUAGUCACACACUCACACAUUUUUACAUAUUAGUUUGAUGUAAUGAACUUUAGAGAAAGCAUUCUUAAUUUGUGUGUGUAUGCGAG